GGGUCUUUAUAUGUAAGAUUAGGGUUUGCGGAUUUCUCUCACAGACCAGCGGGUGCCGCUACGGGCGACACACAAAAUUCCCAAGAUGCAGAAAGCAAUAUUCUUGUUGUGCUGUGUGGCCAUCGCCUACGGUCAAAACCAAGUCGUUUCUCCUGCUGAGCUGACUGGAGCAGGCAUAAAGGGGAUCAGCAGCGAUUCUGGACAAGCAGCCAUCGGAAUAGUACCUGGAGGACCGGGAUUUCCGGCAGGUUCAGGAGUCGGGGGAGAAUCAGAUUUAAGGGAGCCUCAAGGGGAAGGCGGCGCUGGUGUCGUGGGAUAUCGUUCCACACCAGGACAACUGGACCUCUUCACACUGCUGCUCCGCCAGAUUUCUGUAGCCUAUGGGGCAGACCCGCUAAAGCUUCCCGAUAUAAGCUUACCAUUCCAGAAUAUCAUGCUCAUGUCGGGCACCGUGCGCACCUACAACUCGCACGUGUUUGGCCUAUCUCACGUGGUGCGCACUGGACCUUGCUUUGUGAAGGCUGACCGCGCCGGAAUGCGUCUUCACCUCGACCUGGGAAUCAGCAACGUGUACGCCAACUCGUCGGCUACCGUGAUCAUGGCUAACGGGAAGAUGAAACAGCAUCGCGUGCACUUCACUGUCAUUGUCCGGGAAGCCCGGGCCAUCCUCGAAAUAGCGCAAUCUGGCCCUACUGACAUCCAGGUAACAAAGUUCAAGAUCGUCUUUCUCAGAGGUUUCAAACUGUUCCUCAAGCCCGACCAGCCAAGGCCAAUCUUCCGCGCCUUCCUGAAGGCAGCGGAAGCCUUCCUUGAUCGUUCAGUCAGAACGCGUCUCGAGCCACUGGUGCGGAAGGCCAUCGACACCCAGAUCAAGCGCGUCCUGGUGUAUUUGAAUCGUCAGGCAAGACUUAGGCCUAGGCCACGCCUUCCGGCUCAGCUCUUCGCGAAUGUACCACAAACUAUUGUGAUUGGUAGCCCUGAAAGCGGUAGGUUCCCAUCAGAAGCAGGUUUCGGUGGUCCAGGUACGGGAGGACCAGGAGCAGGGCCACUCAGAGGUCCAGGUGUUGGAAUGACUGGAGGACCGUCAGGUAUCGGUGCUGGGGGAUCUGAAAACGAGCCUGGGUAUCAAUUACCGGCGGAAGCAGUUGUGUCACGUCCGCUUUCUAGCUCUCGUGGCCAACAGAAGAUUGCUACCACCAAGGGCUUGUAAAUACGACGACAACCAAUCUCAACCAAUUUCGCUUUAUUUGCAUUGAAUAAAAGCCUACAUUUACAA